AUGGCGACCGUGGAAGUUACAUGUCUCGGGCUCUGCCCCUCAUCGUCUUGUCUCUUGAUCGAUGUUCAACCAGGGCCUCGCAUCCUGUUGGAUUGUCCUCUUGAGCCUCAGGGCCUCAAGUUCUUUCCCGUUGCUUAUGGUUCUGGCAACGUCCGUGUGAACGGCGCAGCCUCUACCUCAGGCCUGCUGCACACCGCUCAGGUAAGGCAAGGCUUGUGGAGGGGGGGGGGAAGGAGUGACCAGUUCGCUUGUUUGUCUCAGCUCGGAGCAGUGGAUCCAUCGACAGUCGACUAUGUUGUCAUCACAACCUCGCACAACAUGCUCGGGCUGCCCUACUUCACCGAGGGAUCAGCCAAGUUCCAAGGGACCGUCAUCGCCACCGAGCCUACUGCUGAGAUCGGAAAGCUGAUGAUGAUGGAGCUGACGCAGUACAUCUCGACGAGCUCCUUCGGUUCCUCUGGGAUGUCUGAAGGAGGAGAAGGAGAAUGGUACAAAGGGCCUGGAUCUGUUGAGAUGGGGCCAGGACGGGAUCCCUACACUGCCCAGCAGGUUGAGUCCUGCAUGAGCCGGGUCAAGCGCUUGAAUUUUGGACAAUCCCUGGCGCUGUCGGAGGGAUAUGCGAUCACCCCCUACCCCUCAGGCUACUGCCUCGGCUCCUCCUUCUGGUUGCUCUCGAAGCCACAGUGCAAGGUUGCCUUGAUCGGAGCAUGCUCCAUGGGUUUUCCCCUUAGGACUCCCCUUCCGCCUCGGUUUGAUAGCUUGAGGAACGUCAACGUCGCCAUCUUCGGGGACCUCCUCCCCAGCGAUCGCCUGGUCACCCCGGCCGGCAUGAGCGUCACCCAGCCUCCUCCUCCCGCGUGGCCCUUCAGGGAUAUCGGGCAGGCGAUCCAGAACACGUUGCAGAAGGGCGGGAACGUGCUGAUGCCGAUCACGCUAGGCGGAACGUCCCUCGACCUGUUGGAAGCACUGUCAAUGUGGUGCCCUGACUUUGGAGUCUCGGGCAUGAACGCCCCGAUCUACCUCAUCUCUCCCACCGCAAACUCCCUUAUUGGCUACCUUGAGAUCCUCUCCGAAUGGGUCCAGACCUUCGACGCAACGAGGAGGGAGAGGGAGGGGAGGAUUGACAGCCCCUUCGUUCAUCAGUCGAUGCUGCAGAACUCUCGCUUGCACAUCAUCUCGGACGUUCAUGACCUCAGGAGCUCUUCCAGCUCCACCACAACCACCAACAUGCCGACCCAGCCCCCCACUUCUACUUAUCGCGAGCCCUGCCUGGUCCUUGCAGGCCAUCCUUCUCUAAGGUUCGGUCCAUGCCUACAUUUCCUCAAGCGGUGGGGGCAGAAGGCCGAGAACGCUCUGAUUCUCACGGACAAUCAUUGGAAUAAGACGAGAAGCGACGCCAACGGCUGCGUUCAGUCGAGCGUCACUCCUGGCUACUGGAUGCCUGCCGACCCUUCGAAUUCCUUCAGCAACUACUGGGGCUGCCUGUCUACUGUCACAGUCCAGAUUCCUUCAUCUGUCAUCCCCAUGCUGAUGGAAAUGAAAGUGAAGAGUGUCGGAGACGUGCUGGUCGCUAGAGUGAACUGCAACCUGCAAGAGCAAGAUGGGGUGAAGACGCUCAAGACUUUGCGGUCCAACAUGAAGGUUGAAAACGGCGUGAAAGCCGACGGCGACGUCAUCUUCGAGAACGUCAUCUAUGGCAGCGUCAGGCCUGUGGCGCUGGUGUCGUCGUUGCAAAGAAGAGGGAUCGAAGACUGUGAGAUGGUGUCGAGCGGAAAGUCGUCGAAAGAGAGGUUGACGAUCAAGAUCGCAAGUCUGCAAAUACAGGUUCACAUUGAUGCCGACAAAUGUCUCAUCGAGACGGAAUCUGCCUCUUCCUCCGACAGCAGCAGCGCUGUGACAGACAAGGCUUCACUUGUUUAUGACGCCGUGAUGGAGCAAAUAGUACAAGUGUAGAAGGGGAGAAGUGAAACAACCAGGUGAAGCAAGAAUAGAGUAAAGUAGCAAGGGAACAAGAAUGACACGCAGACAACCACGAAUCUACAGUCCUCCUCCUCCUCCUCCUCCUCUCCCGAUCAUCUCCUAAUAUGGCGCAGCCGUGCAAGCCCGUACAGGGUGACGAGACGGAAGAAAAGAAAGUAGGCGGCAAGAAGGAGGAGGAAAAUCCCCUCCUGCC